AUGAAUUUUACAAUUUAUGCAGACCCAGCUGUGUGCAUUAAGUUCUCUGAGCAACAAGAGGUAUCUUAUGUUGUAGUUUGUUUUAUUUGAGUGACCUUUCGUGUGGCAGAGGAGGCAUCCGCUGGGGAAAAAAAGUCCCUAAUUGAUUGCUUUUGCCUCAACAGGUUGCGACCAGUUCUUCUUCAAACAUCCAGAAUCCGCUUCCCCUCACAUCGUGGUCCGCUACAAAGACUUCUAUAAAUGAAGGCAGACUCUACAAAACAGACGGGAAAAGAAGAGCUCGAAACGUGGAGAGCAGUCGAAAAUACAGGAAGAGGAGGUAACCGUGAAAUCAUUGACCUACAUGUUAUGAAGUACCUUUAACAAAGUUGAAAACUGUUAACUUUCAAGAGAAUUUGAAUUCUGUCCUGUUCAGAAAUUUUCUGUGCAGAUUUUUGCGAGGAAAUAUCGUUUCAUAGUGACAUGGUGGAACUACUGAAACACCUCGGCAGUAGACUGCAAGUGCUUGAGACUUCUGCAGCCAGUUUUCUUUUCUUUCAGGAGGGAACGCUUUCAAAGUUUGGAGCAGGCAAAUAAAAGACUACAGGAACAGAUCGAUGAAGUAGACAGACAACUACAGCAGCUAAAUUAUGCUUUUCAUUUAUUUGUACAGCAUGCUGAGUGUUGCGAGCACUGCUGCAAUAUCAGGAUAGGUGAAUAA